GUAUCAGGCUCAGAGGGGCAGAUGGGUCCGCGGAUCACAUAGGGCCUCCCCUUCUGCGUCUGCCCGUCCAGCAGGCGUCUCUCACCACCGCGCCGCUCCCCCGGCCAGGCCCGGAGCCCCCCGAGGCCGCGGGCGCUGCGCCUGCCCUUGUUUGGCCACGCGGCAGCGGCAGAAGCGGCGCCUCCGGGCUGCCCCCUCCCUCGCGGGCGUCAGAAGGAGGCGGGAGCCCGCGCGGUGACGACGCCACCCGCGGCCACAGGAGCUCUCCACUCGCCACCGCCGCUGGAGAGGCCGUGACCUCCUGGCUGUCCCGCCUCAGAGGCUCCGAUGGCUCAAGCAAAGAUCAACGCGAAAGCCAACGAGGGCCGCUUCUGCCGCUCGUCCUCCAUGGCCGACCGCUCCAGCCGCCUGCUGGAGAGCCUGGACCAGCUGGAGCUCAGGGUGGAAGCUUUAAGAGAAGCAGCAACUGCUAUUGAGCAAGAGAAAGAAAUCCUCCUGGAAAUGAUCCACAGCAUCCAAAACAGCCAGGACAUGAGGCAGAUCAGCGAUGGAGAAAGAGAAGAAUUAAAUCUGACUGCAAACCGUUUGAUGGGACGGACCCUCACCGUUGAAGUUUCGGUAGAAACAAUUAGAAACCCUCAGCAGCAGGAGUCCCUAAAGCACGCCACCAGGAUUAUUGAUGAGGUGGUCAGUAAGUUUUUGGAUGAUCUGGGAAAUGCCAAGAGUCAUUUGAUGUCGCUGUAUAGUGCGUGCACAUCUGAGGUGCCGCCUGGGCCGGUUGACCAGAAGUUUCAGUCCAUAGUGAUCGGCUGUGCUCUUGAAGAUCAGAAGAAAAUUAAGAGGCGAUUAGAGACUCUGCUCAGAAAUAUUGAAAACUCUGACAAGGCCAUCAAGCUGUUAGAGCAUUCUAAAGGACCCAGCUCCCUAGCUCUGCAGCAGAAUGCUGAAAGCAGAUUUAAUUAAUUUUCAGACCUGAGAGCACUUACAAAUUAGGGUGCAAAAGGGAUAAAAUACUAUUUUAAGUGAUUACAACGAGUACUUUAUGCCGGGCAUAACCACUCAUUUGAUACUGAAAAUUGUUUCAGAUAAUGAAAGUAGUCCAGUGUCAUCAGUUUUGUGAAUAACAUUUAGAAGUAGAAAUGUUUUCAUUCUCUCCCUGUAAGUUUUAGGUGGAAUACCUGUACUAGGAGCUAGCAGCCUGUCUGUAUGUUUGAUAAUUCUGUGGAUGAGCACUUUGUGUCGGGGGGAGGUGAGUGCUCAGCCAGGGGCAGAAGAAUCACUGUUCUUCCCUGGGCUUUUUCGGGUGUGGAGACACAUGGACACGGGGGGGCGUGUGUUGGCUAGAAAUUCUUUACACAGCAGCACGCACUUACACACGUCUAGUGUUAGCCAAGCAGUGUGCUCACCGGGGUAAAAGAGAUCACACAGUAAGAGCCUUUCCCAGCAUUCUCAUUCAGCAGGUUUUUUAGACAUGUGUCAAAUUAUUUUGAACUUGAAGAUUUAUGCAUCUCAUUUGAAUGUAUUUCCCAACAUACAUGAAAACAUGACAAAUGUGAGAAAAUUCACAUCUAAUCUUACCACUGUGAACAACUAUAUAUCCACUUUGUUUUUCUAAAUGCAUCUCUAAAAUUUUAAUCAUUAUAUAAGUACAAUAUUGUAACUUGCCUUUAAAAAAUUAAAUGCUGCUCUUAAGUCUG